AUGAUGAGGUUCCCUCCACCCCUCCUCCUGGGCCUGGGCCUCUCCCUCGCGCAGCAAGCACCAGCGGCCUGCAACGGCCACGCCGAGCUCUGCGCCCGGCGCUACAGCAACAUCACGCUCGUGGGCUCGCACAACAGCGCCUUUGUGGGCACGGGGCCCGCAGAUAAUCAGGAGACCGACGUGGCCGCGCAGCUGGCGCAGGGCGUGCGCUUCCUGCAGGCCCAGACGCACCUCGACAACAACACAAUCAAGCUCUGCCACACGCUGUGCGCGCUCGAGGACGCGGGCCCGCUCGAGGCCUACCUGGGUGGCGUCAAGGCCUUCCUGGAUGCCAACCCGCGCGAGGUCGUCACGCUGCUGAUCACCAACCAAGACGGGAUGCCUGGGUCGUCAUUUGAUGCCGUGUUCAGGGCCGCGGGGAUCCAGGGGUAUGGGUUUGUGCCGGGGAGGAACUUGACCCUGGAUCAGUGGCCUACGCUGGGGCAGAUGAUCGAAAAUGGACAACGGCUUGUUGUCUUUAUGGACUUCCCGGCUGGAGACCCGGUGCCGUAUAUUCUCAACGAGUUCGAUCCCUAUAUCAUAGAAACCCCAUUCGACUUCACCGAUCCGGCGUUCGCACAAUGUUCCAUCGACCGACCGCCGGGGGCAUCUCCGCAAGGCCGCAUGGUCCUCGUGAAUCACUUCCUCGACACGAAUAUCUCGGGAAUUCUCAUCCCAAACCGUGCGGCCGCAAAUGUGACCAACUCGGCCGCGUCCAUCACCGCGCAGGCGAACAUCUGCGUGGGCCUCUAUGGGAGCAAACCGAACUUUAUUCUGCUUGACUGGAUGAGCGUCGGCGACGGCAUGGCUGUGCAGGCUGCGAUGAACGAUGUGCCGUUUAUCCCUAGCACGACCGUGAGCGGGACGCCAGGUAACGCCGCCUCUUCCCCAGCUGGCAACGGCACGGGGACCGGGGCCGGAACCGGAUCUGCGACGCAAACUGCGGCGCCCGGGAGCACAUCCUCGCGAGGCGACGGCCGAGCAGCACCAUCGGUCCAGAUCGCAGCAUUGCUUGCUUGUGCCGUCUUGAUCCUGGUAGCGGCUGGGUAG